AUGAAAACUACUCCGAGACAGGGGACCGAAAAAUACGACUCCGGGCAAGCUCGGGGUAGAUUUGCCGUCGUCCCGGGAAUAAACCACAGUCUGCCGGUUAAGAUGUCGGUUUCUCGCGUAUUUGAUGUCCUCCACCGAAGGUCAGCAGGUCGGCACGACAGUACUGCUGGUGGUAGAACGGGAACGUCUAGAAGAAGUGUUUUUUGUUGGAGCUUUUUUCUCUCCCUUCUGUUAUUUCACCCGGCCCAUGUAGCAGAGGCCUCCAUGUUUCAGGCCUCCUUUGCCGUUCUCGCAGGGCGGAAGAAGUGCAUCGGGCAGGAUCUGUUACGGCACGUGCUUUCCCUGGUGGAGAUAACUUCCAAGACUGGGCAAAACCUUGCUGUCACUGUUAUGACUUGCUCAAGCGUUACAAUCUCAAACGUUACAAUUAAUAGAAUCUGGAAUUUGUGUUGCAUGAUGAGCAUGAUAGACUCGCACAGCGUUCCACCUUUUGCAAUACAAAUUUCGCCAGAUUUUAGUGGUGUUUGGGGCUGCUCCGGAACUUGUCAUGCGCAAUCCUAUGAGAGUUGGCUAGAUCAUGCACUCUUGCGUCACAGAUUUCCAUAUUCUAUUGUAACGUUUGAGAUUGUAACACCUGAGCGAGUUAUAACGGUGUUGGAGGAUCAGAUCCCGAUAAUCUUCGAGGGCAAGAAGCCUACGAUUAAAACCGCCUUCACUGCGCAACGCGACGCCACGCACUGGAUCUGCAUCCUGGUAUUUCGUGUUCCUUCAGAACUUUUUUUCGUUCGUGGCUUCCUUCAGCAGUAGAUGUUCACCGCACUCUUGCGUACGAUAGCGAUUAGUUUUACCGCGGCGCCGCGCAAAUGUAUCCCAAGUAUAGAACUUUUUUCCAUGAUAUGAUAGAUUACUUGAGCAGCUCGUUCAGCACCGCCACGCUCCUAUCUAUCAUUGUCAACGUAACUUAAUACAUGAAACCAUAUUAUCGCAGAAUGAGAGUCCCAGCGCUGAUACCGAAGUGAGCUUCAGUUUUAAAUCUGGGGCUUCCGCGCGGGACUACUCGCAGGUGGCAAAAAGGGAGCACUUGCAGCCCGUCCAGGUGCGGUUACGGAUGAUUGAGGACGAACUUUCCUCGUACCAGGAGAACCUGAUACGCAUGCGGCAGACGGAAGACGCGCUGCGCGCGGUCAACGAUAACACCGGGGUUCGCGUGAUCGUCUUCUGCGUUCUCAACCUGGUGCUCAUGAUCAUACUGGGGGGCUGGCAGAUGAUAUCCACCAAAGCCUUCUUCCGCGAGAAAAAGAUCAUAUGAGGUAGAACAAGCGGAAUUGACGUUGACGUGAGUACACCACCACCGCGAUUUCCGUGGGGGCAGCUCCCCUUGACUACGCACAAAAUUAGCGACGCACAAGCAGAAGCAUGAAAACGUCGCGUCGUGGCCUCCGCUUGAAAAUAUAGGCAAAGAAGUACUUCAAAUACUUUAUCGUCGGGAAUAAACGGAAGCAUGCGAAGGUUUGAUUUGCACUACGUACAUCGUGCGAACCACUCUAUGGAGCAGGUUCGUCUCGUUCGGAU